GAAAACAAUAAUAGGAGUACCACGCAGUUCAAAAAGCAGUCUUUGAAAUAUUAGCGUACAAUGCUUUAGACUGUCAUUUAAUUGUAUACCUCUGCGACUUAUCUCUGUACUGUCUUUAAAUUAUUAACCACAAAUUACACAUUUUUUGGCAAAAUGAUUCCGUAUUUUAAUCAAAUGACACAUGUUACCAUGGUUACUUGUAAAUUUUCUAUCAUAAACUUACGUUCUAUUAUGAACAGAGCCAUUAGAAAUUUUAUCUUAUUUUAAAUACGGAAUUAUGCACUAGACCGAAGUAAAAUAAUAAUAAUAGUGCUUAAUAUUUAUAUUUUUUAUUUUGGCUUUUGAAUAUAAUUUUCCAGUCAUGUCUAAAAAAGCAAAGAAAGGAGGUAAAAAGGGAGGCAAGAAGGCAGCAGUGCAGGAGGAGAAAGUGGAAUUGACAGAGGUCGAUAAAGAAUUAUUUCAAAUACAAAUCUCUGACCUUAUGAGAAAAGUUGAAAGGCUCAAGAAUCGUUGCAGAGAGCUAGAAACGAGUAAUGAAGAUUAUCAACAGAGGUACAAUCAGUUAGAUGAAGAUCGCGCAGAUAUUAUCGCAUACUUGAAGCGAGAUCUUCAGCAGAAAACUGAUGAGAUCACUGAGCUUGAGGAGCGUCUUGUAGGGCUACAAAAAUCAAAAGAUGCUGACACUGCCAUGUUCUUGGAGAGAAUUGCUCAGUUUGAGAAAAACUACAAACUGAUGCAUGAACAGCUGACUUCUGAAAUAAAACUUCUGAGUGGUAAACUGAAUUCAUUGGAAGAGUUUAGAAUUCAGCGUGAGGAACUGACAAAGAAAUACAAAAACCAAGAAGAGAGAAUGGCAGAACAAGAAAUCUUGCACCAACAGGCUAUGUACGAUGUAGAGAAGAAAUUUAUCAUUGGCAAAGAUAAGUUGAAGAAAGAGAUGGAGGCUAAACUGCUGCAACUCUCCACAGACUUCCGUGAUGCCAUGCAGCUCCGCAUAGCGGCCACCACACACAGGGCCAUCCGAGAAAACAUUGCACUCAGCAACGAGUACAACCAGAUGUUGGAAGAGUCUCGAGUACUGAUGAACGAGAAUGCCAACCUGAAGGACUUGACUUACGAGUUGCGGCUAGAAGCACAGCUGUUCGAGGAAGAAAAAAACACAGCCAUUGCCGACAGCAAAGUGCAACUAAGGCUCCUGGAGAAGAUGAGCGAGGACCACGAGCGGAUGGCGGCGCGGGUGGCAGGCCUGCAGGGGGAGCUGAGUCGCUGCGAGGAGGCGAAGGAGGAGCUGUGCGAGCUACGGGCCACCCUGCAGGAGCGAGACGAGUCCAUCCAGAGCCUCUGCGUGCUGCUGGGUGCCGCGAGGGAGCAGCAGUGCGAGGCGAGCGCCCAGCUGACCGCGUGCAGGGAGCAUGCCGAGCGACUGCGAGAACUCAUCCAGAGUUCCAUCUCUACCAUCAAGAACGCCUUGCUGAUCCAGGAGGACCCGUUCCAUGACGAAGCUCAGGUCUUGGCUUGUCGAGAGAACGUGCUAGGAACACUACUGCAGCUGCUGGACUCCGCUCCAAAGCCUCCGAAACCUCCAAAACUGGAUAUUGAGAAGAAGCAACUGAAAAUAGCCUUGCUGGAUCACACACCUGCUGUAAACAUUUAUUCAUUCACUGAUGUGAAACCCUUACAUAUACCUAAUUGGUUUCUUCCACUAAAUAUAACGUACUGUUAUUUUUGUGUGCUUGUGAUUCUAUUAUUUAAAUUAAUAGUUGACCUCACUAGUAAGCAGAUCGUCUAAUGAAUGUACACCUUGAAAAUGAACACAAUAUAUAAGAACAAUGUAUUGUAUUCACAGUAGUUAGUAUUAAUAAUUUUUGACAGUCACAAGUGGUGUCAAACUGAAGGUGUUUCUGUAAGUGCCAACAGAGUAGCGCCAACUACAGAAGACCUGAUGGCAGACUAUGUCACGGGAGACCUGAGCUUGGUGAGUCCUGCUGCACCUCCGUGCACAUCACAGCUGCAGGAUGUCCGCCCAGACACAGACACAGACACAGACACACCAGAACAUGUGGUUGCAUCGGCAGAUUACAAUGCAAUGGCCCAAGAGGAACUGGAGACAGCAGACGGAUCGUUCAGCACCGAUUCCGAAAAUGAUGAAUCACAUGAUAUUGAUCAGGAAAAAUCCGAGCCUUUUUAGUAGAUGUAACUUUUACCCUACGAGAACAACAUACAUAGUUUCGAUUAUCAUCAGUUAGUUUGAAAUUUCAAAAUAAGUAAAUAAAUAAAUAUUUGAUGGCA